CCCUGGCUGAACCCCUUGGCAGCCAGCGGUGGCCAGCCCAGCUCGGACCGACCGGGCAAGCACAGCACAUCCCAUCCCGCCGAGGCAGCAGAGCAGACAGCAGGAAACUAAUUCCAGGCGGAUCUGGUCCCGGAUAACUGCAGGAUGGUACUGGUCUCCUAAAGACAGGGGACAUGGAAAUGGGGAGAAGAGUGAUACCAGAAAUAAGGAGUCCCGAAGAGGGAGGAGGAGAAGCUCAGUGACUUUCCGUACGAAGCCCACCAAAAGGCUUGGGACUCCCAGCAAAGCACGGUGACAUCCCAUAAUGGCAGAGGAAGAGCAUGCAGCAGCCCUCCUUUUCUGAGCACUGCAAAGUCUCGCACCUAAAGACGUUCAGGAGUUUCAGACAAAGUUGUCGGAGGUUCAGGUGGAAGAAGGAUGGAAUAUCUCCGAGGGUUCGCUGGCCGUGCCUGGCAGCUGCAUGAGGGAAAGCCACAGUGAAGACGCCACGAUGGACACAGCGAUCAGGGUGUUUGAGGAGGUGAACCAGAGCAGCCUGGCUGAGAAACUCCUGGAUGAGAAGGUGAAAGAGUACAAGCAGAAAUACAAAGAGCACGUGGUCCGGGAGUUCCUCCGCUACAAAGAAGUGAACUCGUGUCUUGGGGAGCACCUGUCCCUCAGCAGCCGCUACACCGCCCUGACCAUCGCCAGGAAGCCUCGGAGCAAGCGUGGAGGUGAGCAUGAAGCUGUGGGCACCAGCCCUAAGUGUGCCAACACCAGCAACAGAGUGGCCACCGUCACCAUCACCACGCAGACGCUGUUUGAACCCGACAAAGACGGGCAAACACCACAGGUCGUGGUGCUGGUGGGGGCCCCAGGGAUGGGGAAGACGAUGACGGUCAGGAAGGUGAUGGUGGAGUGGGUGGAAGGGACCACCUACACGCAGUUUGACUACAUCUUCUGCGUAGACUGUAAAGACAUUGCCUCAACCAAGGAAGCGAGCAUGUCAGACCUGGUUUCAAAGUGCUGCCCUCAGGGGCACAUGCCAGCUGGGAAGAUCCUGGAUGAGCAGGAGAAGAUCCUGUUCAUUUUUGAUGGCUUCGAGGCCCUGGGAUUUUCCUUGGCUCAGUGCGAAGGUGAGCUGAGCUCUGACCCCAGGGAAGUGAAGCCGCUGGAAACCACCCUGAUGAGCCUGUUCAAGAAGACUCUUCUCCCCAGGUCUUCCUUGCUUAUCACCACGAGGCCAACAGCUCUUCAAAGCCUGGGGCAGUGCCUGGAGGGCGAGUAUUACGCAGAAAUACUGGGAUUUUCGGCAGCCAUGAGGGAGGAAUAUUUCCACAGGUAUUUUGAGAAUGAUGAUAAAGCUGAGAUGGCCUUCAGGUUUGCCAGGGGCAACAGGAUCCUCUACGGUUUGUGCGCCAUCCCCCUCAUGAGCUGGACCAUCUGCACCAUCCUGAAACAAGAGCUUUGCAAGAAGAAAAACCUGGUUGAGUGCUCUACAGCCACCACGUGGAUGAGCCUGGUUUACCUCUCCCGGUUAACGACGUGUGGAGGCAGCGACAACCUGCAGGACUUCCAGCGGUUCCUGCACAACCUUUGCUCCUUGGCUGCUGAUGGCAUCUGGAAGCACAAGGUCCUCUUUGAGGAGAAGGAAAUCCAGGACCGUGGCUUGGACCAGAUGAAUCUUCUCCCCCUCUUCCUCAAUGAGAAGAUCUCAAAGAAAGGCACAGACCACGGGAACGUCUACAGCUUCACCCACCUGCACCUCCAGGAGUUUUUUGCAGCCAUGUUUUACGUUCUGGAGGACGAUGAGGAGACGGUUGGCGACUCCAGGGCUCUUGCAAAGGAUGUAAAUAUGUUAUUAGAAAGCUACAGCAAGUCCAGGCAGGAUUUGAACUUGACGGUGCGGUUCCUGUUUGGUCUGGUAAGCCAAAAAUCAAUGGAGUAUGCAGACAAAACCAUUGGGUGCAGAAUUUUGCCACGAGCCAGGGAAGACAUGCUGAGGUGGCUUCAGGGGAGGCAUGGAGGCACCUCCUGCCCCAGCCAAGCACCGAAGGUUUCUGAGUUGGACACUUUCCACUUUUUGUUCGAGUUGAAUGACAAAAGCCUUGCACAAAGUGCAUUGGAUUGUUUCAGUGACAUAGACCUGCAGGACAUCAAGCUGACGGCGUAUGACCAGACAGCUCUUUCCUUCUGCAUCAGGCAGUGGGCUGGGCUGGGCUGUGUCACCCUGCGGGGAUGCUCCUUCGGUCAGCAGGACCCCAGGGAUGAGCUGCCUGUGUCGGUGCCACGCUCCGGUGCCUCAGGAGCCAGAGGACACCCUCGUGCCCAGGGUGGGCAGCAGGAGCUGCCCGCCUCCAUCUACCCGCUCUGCCGAGCGCUGCGGCACCCGGGCACCCACCUGCGGGAGCUCCGGCUGCAGUGGUGCGGGCUGUCGGAGAGUUGCUGUGCGGAGCUGGCGGCGCUGCUGGCCCAACACCCCAGCCUGGUCCGACUGGAGCUGGGUGACGGCACGCUGGGCGAUGGCGGUGUGCACCUGCUCUGCGAGGGGCUGCGGCAGCCCAGCUGCCGCCUGCGCGUCCUGCGGCUGUGGUACACCCACCUCACCAGUGCCUGCUGCGAGGACCUUGCCGCUGCGCUGAGCACCAGCCCAUGCCUGGUGGAGCUGGAUUUGUCCUUCAGCGAGGGGCUGCGUGAUGCCGGUGUGAAGCUGCUGUGUGAGGGGCUCCAGCCCCGCACCUGCCAGCUACAGACGCUGCGGCUGGGGAGCUGCCAGCUGACGGGUGCCUGCUGCCAAGCCCUGGCUGCUUGGCUGAUGGAGAGCCCCCACCUCACCUGCCUGGACCUGAGCGACAAUGAGCUGGGAGCCGACGGCAUCCUGCAGCUCUGCCAGCAGCUCCGGCAUCCCACCUGCCCGCUGCGGGCCCUGGGCCUGAGCACGUCCGGGUUACACGAGGAAGUGCUGCACGAGGUGGCUGCGCUGCGGGCGCUGAAGCCCAACCUGAAGAUCCAGGACCUCCUCAAGCAGGAUGUGCUGCAGACGGGGGCCAUGGCCCGGCUGCCCUUCCACCGCGGGGUGCUGCCGGGCACCGGGGGUGUGGGGGGCAGGAAGGUGCUCCCCCCCUUCAGGAGGGGUCCCUCCAACACCCGGAGCUGUUGCUAGCCCAGCUGACGGUGCUGCCGAAGCUGGGGGGAAGCCUCCCUGGGUCUGAGCCUGGUGGGGGCACAGGGCAGGAGACCCUGCCUGCCACUGCUGGGGGUCACGCAAAGCCAUGGGUCCUUCUUGCUCCCAUUUUCCCACACGUGGCAGUGGGAAUAGUGGUGCGGGUGUUUGCCAAUGCCAAAUAAAAGUCCCGGAGCUAGUCCCAGGAAUC